CUGUUUUUUUUUAUUAUAUCAUUACAUACACAUUUGAUUUAUUGCUUUUAAAUGCGCAGGAAAUUCACUUUUAUUUUGACAUGGCAUCCCAGCCGGAAGUGGAGGACAUGACCUGCAGCUACCUUGACGGUUCUCCUCAUUUUUCCCUCAAUAUUCAAGCGGAACAACUCCGGCGGAUCUCGGGCUGGACUUUCCCACGAGUGCAGCAGGAGUCGGGCGGUCGGUGGCGGGUCGGUGUCUCGGCGAGGACACGCAGAAACAGCCCCGGAAAGACGAUUAGCUAUGACGGACAGUGACGGAGGGGCUCCGCGGGACCGCGCGUAACAAGAUGAGGAUUCCUCCGGUGUGGGCGCUGGGCGCUUGCCAGACUGGGUGAAGUGACAGCUGAGAGGGAAACCUGCUGAGAGAGAAACACGGCCUGGGACUGCUGAGGAGGACCUCUGUGCAGGUUCACACGGCUGUCGUCAGGGUGGAGCUUCCUGACCCAUGGAGAAUUACUUCCAGGCCGAGGCCUUCAACCUGGACAAGGUCCUGGACGAGUUUGAGCAGAACGAAGAUGAAACUGACACACCUAUUCUCUCCGAUGCCAAGUGGACCCAGAUCCUGGCCCCGCCGGCUCACCUGCUCUCUCUGAACCCCGCCCUGGCCCACGCAGACCUCAGCCCCCGGGAGAGUCCGCUGCCCUUCAAGAGUCUCCCCGACUCCUCCUCCAGCACCUCCCCGGGGGCAGACCCUAAAAGGCUCCCUGGUCCUGAACUUCCAUCCUGGGGAGAGGAGAGGCCGGCGGACGUCCACAGCCCGCCGCUCCCCCAGCCCAACAUCGGCAAACUGGUGGGAACCGACGACCUCUCGCCGCCCCCUGUGACGGCAUGUAGUGCAGUGGAGAAUGGUUGCGCUGCGAGCCCACAACACGAUGGGCUUAGCGAGGAGAUAAGUUCUCCUCCAGACUACGAGCCUGGUGCUUCGGACCAGGCGGUUACACCUCAUCAGGAGGAGAGAGCUGCCUCAGCUGGAGGGGGAAGCUCCACUGUCAGUCACACUCACUUUACCUUCGAGCUUGGACAAGGACAGGAAGAGGCUCCGUCUGAGAAAAUUCAUCCAGAUGUGGAAGCAACCACACAAAUAAGGGAAGGUGUCACAAAGGAGGCCAGUGCAGCUGUUUUACAGGACGAUAUUCAAGAGAGACAAACUGCAAACUCAAACCAGGAACACCGAGAAAGUCUCCUGAAUGGGGAGAGAGACGUUCAGUCUGGUUGCGAGGCAGAACAGAAUGGUGCAUGUUCUCCUAACUGGGUUGGAGACGAGAGGAGAUGUGCUCCUGAGGGACAGAUCGAACAGCUCCUCAGAAUAACAAGCCUUUCCAAUGGUUCUGAGCAGGAGAGGAGUAAUCACUCUAAGCUGACAGACGAGGAGGAGGAAGAGGAGGGGGGUUUCUCUCCCUCUCCUGUCCCCUCUAAAGAGGACUCUGUGACCGAGGAGAAAGAAAUGGAGGAGAGCAAGCAGGAGAGCGGCGAUGGAGGAGCGCUGGGAUCUGGUAGCAUCCAACCAAAACUCAACAAUCGGCUGCAGCCGGUCAGUGUUCCCUACGGAGGGGCGCGGCCGAAGCAGCCGGUCACCCUCAAACUCCAGAUUCCUCAGCCGCUGUCCAGCCAGGUCCAAAACCAGCUCCUCAGCAAGAACAAGAACCUGGAGAACCAGUGUCGGAGGAGCACGCCGUCUGAAACAACCCUCAGUGUGACGGAUCAGACCGCAGUCAGGGUGAACGGAGAUGGUGUUGUCCACUCUCCUUCCCUGAGGCCUUCCGAGAGCCCAGACAAUGACCUCCAGGCCGGACAGCAGGGCGCCCUGUGUAAGAAGCCUGCCAGCUCCCUGGGUGAGGUUGGCCCUGUGUGGGUGCCCGACUCCCAGGCUCCCGUCUGUAUGAAAUGUGACAUCAAGUUCACCUUCACCAAGAGGAGGCACCACUGCAGAGCCUGUGGCAAGGUGUUCUGUGCAACGUGCUGCAGUCUGAAGUGCAGGCUCGUGUACAUGGACAGGAAGGAGGCCCGCGUCUGCAUCACGUGUCACACUGCUCUGACGACUGCUCAAUCAUGGGAGACCCCGACCACUGGAAACAACCAGAGUCCGAACCCCAACAACCCGGCGGAGUACUGCUCCACCAUCCCCCCUCUGCAGCAGGCUCAGGCCUCUGGGGUCCUCAGCUCCCCUCCUCCCACCGUCAUGGUGCCUGUGGGAGUCCUGAAACAGUCUGGCAACGAGGGGUCCCUCACACGUGAGCAGAGGAGGGUGUGGUUCGCAGAUGGGGUCCUGCCCAAUGGAGACGCAGCCGAGUCCCCCAAACCUCCGACCUCCAGCCCGGCCCCCUCCCACUCGCUAGCCAUCUCCUCGGGCUCAAGCAAAUCCUCCACUUCUGAUUCCUCAGAGGCGGCCCACACCCCCGUUGCCCCGGUGGGCAGCCCCGUGGGCAGCUCCGUCAGUCUGAUUCCGGAGGACGGGCUCCCUCCCAUCCUCAUCUCCACCGGAGUCAAAGGAGGUACGGGAGGCCACAUCACAGACUACGCCGUGGAGGAGCGGCCGUCGGAGAUCGUCCUCAUGCAGCAGCUGGAGGAGGGAGGCCCAGACCCCCUGGUCUUUGUGCUCAAUGCCAACCUGCUCGCCAUGGUCAAGCUGGUAAACUACGUGAACCGGAAGUGUUGGUAUGUGACGACUAAAGGCAUGCACGCCGUGGGCCAGGCGGAGGUGGUCAUUCUGCUCCAGUGUCUCCCCGAUGAGAAGACCAUCCCUAAAGACGUCUUCACCCACUUCGUGCACCUCUACCAGGAGGCCCUCAGUGGCAACGUGCUGAGCCACCUGAGUCACUCCUUCUUCACACAGAGCUUCCUGGGCAGUAAGGAGCACGGCGGCUUCCUCUACAUCAGCCCGUCCUUCCAGUCACUGCAGGACCUCCUGCUACCGAACCCGCCUUACCUCUUCGGCAUCCUGAUCCAGAAGUGGGAGACGCCCUGGGCCAAGGUCUUCCCCAUCCGCCUCAUGCUGCGGCUGGGUGCAGAGUACCGCUUUUAUCCGUGUCCGCUGUUCAGUGUCCGCUACAGAAAACCACUCUUCGGAGAAACCGGUCACACGAUCAUGAACCUGCUCGCAGACUUCCGUAACUACCAGUACACACUGCCGGUGGUGAAAGGGCUGGUCGUGGACAUGGAGGUGAGGAAGACGAGCAUCAAGAUCCCCAGCAAUCGCUACAACGAGCUGAUGAAGGCCAUGAACAAGUCCAACGAGCACGUGCUGGCCAUGGGGGCGUGUUUCAACGACCGCGCCGACUCCCACCUGGUCUGCGUCCAGAACGACGACGGCAACUAUCAGACGCAGGCGAUCAGCAUCCAUCACCAGCCGCGCAAAGUGACCGGCGCCUGCUUCUUUGUGUUCAGUGGGGCUUUGAAAGCCUCGUCAGGCUUCUUGGCAAAGACCAGCAUUGUGGAAGAUGGUGUGAUGAUCCAGAUCACAGCCGAGACCAUGGACUCUCUACGGCAAGCCCUGAGGGACAUGAAGGACUUCACCAUCACGUGCGGUAAAGCCGACCAGGAGGAAAACCAGGAGCUCGUGCACAUCCAGUGGACGGAGGACGACCACAACUUCAACAAGGGUGUGAUCAGUCCGAUUGAUGGAAAGUCAAUGGAGUCCAUCACCAGCGUCAAGAUCUUCCACGGCUCCGAGUUCAAAGCCAAUGGCAAAGUCAUCCGCUGGACAGAGGUCUUCUUCCUCCAGAGUGAGGACCAGCCCAACGGCCUGAGCGACCCCGCCGACCACAGCCGCCUGACGGAGAACGUGGCGAGGGCGUUCUGCGUGGCGCUGUGUCCGCACCUGAAGCUGCUGAAGGAGGACGGCAUGGCCAAACUGGGACUGAGGGUCACACUGGACUCGGAUCAGGUGGGUUACCUGGCAGGAAGUAACGGUCAGCCCCUCCUGCCUCAGUACCUGAGCGACCUGGACAGCGCUCUGAUCCCCGUCAUCCACAGCGGGGCGUGUCAGCUGAGCGAGGGCCCCGUGGUCAUGGAGCUGGUCUUCUACAUCCUGGAGAUCAUCUCCUAGAAGACGCAUACGUCCCCACCACCUCCUUUUCUUUUUUGUUUUUUAACCUUCCGACACAUCUCACAGCCUCCGUCCCUCCGUCACCUCCCUUCAACUGUUUGCACUUAAAAACGAGCCUGAAAACUGUGCCGUGCCAGGUGGGGUAGCAUUCCUCAAGUCAAACCUAUGCAUCCAGCCGCCGCCUGCUGGGCUCCGGAGGUCGCCUGGGGCCCGAGGAAGCUCAGAGCGGGCGCUCCGAUCACACUGGGUCCGUCCGGAUGCCCACACUGUGCACGACGAGUGAAGUGCCUGAUGAUGUGACCAGUACUUACUUCCACAUGUUAGACAAAUCAGUCUGAUGGACCAGGCAGGUUUAGGACCACAGACACAGUAAAGAGGAGAGUAGAACUAUUAAUAAAGACGCUACAUCAGGAGAGAGAGGCAGAGACAUCACUUUAUUCUGUUGGAUAAAGUUGGAUAUUUAUUAUAUUUAGACGAUCAGUUUCAUCAAGAAGUUUAAGCUGUUGAUAUGAAGUGAUAAUAAUCUGUGGAUGUGCAGCAAUAACAUGUAAAGUUUGGAGAUUCGUGUGUUGACUGGUGUUGGUCCUAACAGCACAAAGUACGAACAGCAGCUGGACUGAUGUGGUUCAGGGAGAUGAGAAUAGAAAUGAUUAAACUGACGAUUAUUUUCUUGAUCAAACAGGUGAAAAACAUCCGUUACAAAUGUUUGAUUUGAUCAGUUUUCCUACAAAGUAAGACGAGAGGAAAUAAAGUUAAUAAAGUGUAAAAGUCCAGCUGGUCCUCAGAGGGACAGAAGAACAGAGAGGGGGACACUGGACCUUCAGCUGCAUUUACACAAACUCCGUUAACUCUGCAUCUUCCCUCCGGGUUGUGUUCACGUUCGUUUGUUUGUGCGUUAAAGCGUCACAGACGUGAAACAACCAGGAAAUAACAAGUUGUUUCUCCGAUUCGCUGCUUUGUUCUCGCUGACGUCGCUUUAGCUCUUUGACUCGAAGACUCUGGUUGGAAAGUUGAUCAAAUUCUUUUGCUCUUUUUUUAAACUUGCAGAGUAUUUUUGACGAGCUAGAGUUGAUUUGCCCUCACUUAUGUUGAAUCAGUAUUAGUUAGGUGUGUGUGUGUGUGUGUGUGUGUGUGUGUGUGUGUGUGUGUGUGUGUGUGUGCCCCCUGUCUGACUCACUGUGGCAGCCUGAAGGCUCCUGAUCAGGCCUCUGUAGCACGGAUGCUCUUACGAGAGGAGACUCGUCCUCCACCGCUGAGACGUUGGGACUUAUUUCUCUUUGGUCGCGUCACCAAGGAAACUACAAAUCACCGGCUGAGGAGGGAGAAGGUGUCUCUGUGUGGUGGAGCAGAUUACUUCUUCUUUUCUUUUUUUUUUAAGCGCCGUGGUUCUCAGUGCCUGCAGCAGCGAUUCAUCAACGAGGGGGAGAAAGGAAAAACAUCCCGGCUUCACCUCCUUAAGCUUUACUCAUCAAUCACCAGAUGCUUUACUUCAUGGACAAACGUGUCGACUGCUUGUACAUAUUUUUUUUGUAGGCAGAACAAUCUCCCGUCCGUCACGACUCUGACAUGCGCAGCCUCCGGAGAUCCCACUGAGAGACAAGUAUUAUCGAAGUGACCGUCACACACUCGUCUGCUGUGAAACCCGAUUUCAGCCCCUUUGUCCGAAAGCAGCCGGCUCAUGAAAAGGUUCCAAUGCUUUAUCCAGAAACUCAACGUGUACAUAAAUGGGGAAAAAAGACUUUUUAAUCUCAUCACAAAUCAUCAGCGCUCGGUGUUCGUCCGGAUAUAAAAACCCCCUUGAGUUAUUUUAAUCAUACAAAGAGAAUAACUGUCGAAGAUGUAAAGAUGUAUAAAUAUAUAAAAAAGUGUAUUAAACUUGCAGAAGCAGUGCACUGGAUUCUAAGCCAUCUACAGGAGAGUGGAGGCAGGCGUCAGGGUCACUGCCACUGUGUUCUGGAAAAAGUUUCUCCAGCAGAAGAGGGAAGGAAAGUUUGGUGUUUGAAGAUCUGGGGGGGGUUCCUGCAAGAUCGACUUCAAGCUGAAUGUAUCUCAUCUCAUAUUUUCUGCAGAAAAAAAACUCCUCAUCCUUCCAAAAAAAUCCAUGAAAUCAGCAGCAUCCUGCUCCCCGGACUUUUCACGAUUUAAAAAGUUUUGCAGACCUGCGUUAGGAACCGAUCUUCGAGGGCUCGUCUUCGAGGGCCUCAGCCGUCUGGAGGUCGACCUGCAGCCCCUCCGUCUGCUCCGCUCUGCGCUCUCCCUCCGCAACUUGGACCUGGAAGAUCAAUCUAAAGAAUGUAUUCCUCCCGUUUCUGUUCAAAUCGGCAAAUUGUGUGUUUUUGUUUUUCUUUCCUUUUUCAUUUCCUCGCUAGACUAAUCACCAAAAACCUCUGAGCAGUCGUCCACCUGUGUUACGUCAUCGCAGCAGAGCCUCCAUCCUUAGUCGGGCUAAUGUCAAAACCAGAAGGGGCUACGCAUUAAAAACUUAAAGUACUGUUGUUGCAGAACGAGAGGUUUUUACUAUCGGAGAAAAACAAAUCUCGUCAUCACAAGUGAGAAUCAGACAAUCACAUGAAAACCUGCAGAAGAGCCGACACGUAGAGAUGAAAUUAGACCUGCGUUCGUUUAUUACUCCAUCCGAAGUAUUUCACACGCCAACUGUAGCAAAGUCAACGUUAGUGAGAGCAGAUUAAAAACCGCUCAGAGGUCAAAGGUCACCAGUUCUGGGUUAAUUCACUGAUUAUACCAGAGCUGUGAAUCUCUGCGUCGUUUUCAUCAAUUAGCUCAAAUGAGGAGGAGACGUAAGGUUUUGUUUGUCAGGCUUCUCCCUGUUUUUCGGUUGAGUGUUAAUUUUUUAGUUUUUUUUGCGUUAUCCGACGUGUGCAAUAUGUCCUUGAUCCAAAAAAAAAAGGUGCAAUUUGUUUGAAAAAGUAGCAUUAUUCUUAUUUUUCUUUUGUCGUAUUCAGUUGUUACGAUCCAAAACUAAACACUGCAUGCAAACAGGAACACGCUUGAGAAACAGUGGAGAGUAAAUCAGCCGGUUUUCUGCUCGUGGACGAAACGUGAAAAACAAUCCACUUCGUCGCCGACUGGGUUUUUUGUUUGUUUUUUUUUUUCAAUUAACAUUGGUCGAAAUGUUUGAAGCCAAAAACCAUGUACAUGUUUUUUCUUUACACUACAAAUGUCAAAAAAAGUGGUCUUCAUUAAAAAAACUGUAGUAUAUGUACAAUAAAAACUUAUACAAAAUA